AUGAAGGAAUUCACAAAUGGCAAGGAGCUUAUUAGACCUGCAGUAACGCGAUUUGCCACUUCUUACUUAACUUUGCAGCGUCUUAAUGAACUAAAAGGAGAAUUGAUGAAUCUUUUUACAUCCUCUAAGUGGAAGUCUAGUAAGUUUGCAAGGACACGUAAAGGGAAAAGAGUUGAAGGCGUGGCUUUAGACAAUCGUAACUUCUGGACAAAUGUUGCCAAUUGUCUAAGAGCUGCAAUACCUCUUGUUAAAGUACUCCGAUUGGUGGAUUCUGAUGAGAGACCGGCUAUGGGAUUCAUUUAUGGAGCAAUGGAUCGUGCCAAGGAGGAAAUUAAGAAAAACUUCAAUGGCAUCAAAAAGUGGUAUGAACCUAUUUGUACGAUCAUUGAUGCAAGAUGGGCAUCUCAACUUCAUCAACCCUUGCAUGCGGCAGCAUAUUUUCUGAAUCCCCAAUUCCAAUAUAGUCCAAGUUUCCAUUUAGAUGCAGAUGUGAAAAUAGGAGUUUAUAAAUGUCUCCAAAGAAUGGUUCCUGAUUCUAAUGAGAGAGUAAAAAUUGAUUGCCAAAUGGACACAUUCAAAGCUGCAAGAGGGCUCUUUGGCCUAGAUAAUGCAAUAUUGACAAGGAACAAGAAGUCUCCAGCUGAAUGGUGGGAUUCAUAUGGUGAUGAGUGCCCCGAAUUGAAGCGGUUUGCAAUUAGAAUAUUGAGUUUAACAUGUAGCUCUUCGGGAUGUGAAAGGAAUUGGAGUGCCUUUGAGAUGGUGCAUUCAAAAAGGAGAAACUGGUUGCAACAAAAGAAAAUGAAUAAUUUGGUAUUUGUUAUGUAUAACAUAAAAUUGAAGGAGAGGAACUUGAAAAGACAAGCUGUCAUAGAACCAAUUAUUUUUGAAGAUGUCUCUUCCGAUGAUGAAUGA